AUGAAAUAUAAUCUAAAUAUUGAUGGUUUGAAAAAUAAUUUUUCAAUUUUUUCUCGACUCCUAGAAGAUAGUCUUGACUGCAACAUUGAUCUAUCAAUCACUUUUCAUGAAUCAAAUAAUAUGACAAGAGGAUUGAUACAAGAAUUUAUGAAUUAGAGGUUUCUGUAAGUUGACAAGAUGUUAAAAAUAAAUUUGAAAGAAUAUUCUCAAAUUGUAGAAAGGGACAAAGAACUAGAAAAAUCAUUAAAAGAUCAUGUAAAAUAAAAGUUAAGCUUGAAUAAUGAUAUUGAAUGGAUUAUAGAUAAUAAUCAAAUAAUUACAGAAUUAAAUUGUAGUCAAAUAGUAGAAGAAUAUCUUAAUAAAUUAUUUAUACUUUAGACAUAGUUCAAAGAAUAUGUUGAUUUUCUUUAGACCUAAAGAAAUGUAAAAACUAUAUGCUUAAAUUAAGAAAGACCAUUACAAGGGUAUAAAGGGAAUUUCUAAUCAAGCAUGUAUGACACUUAUAUAAUUUAUGGAUAUAAGCAUUCUGAUAUCUCAGAAAUAUUUAAAAAGCAAAUUGUUCGAUUGGAAUUAAAUGUAAGGAUGUUUCAUGUAUUUACAACAUAUUACGUUCCAAAAAUAAAGCCUUGGGUUGAAAAAUACUAUUAUGUUUAUGUGGAAGUAGAUGAACUUGAAGAAUAUAUGAUUCUUUAUGGCCCAAUUAAUUUAGUUAAGGAAGCUGAAGAAAUAAUUAUGAAAGAAUUUAAGCAACUUUAACUCUACCAUGGAAUUAUAAAAUCAGAGGGUUUAACAGAGGAAUAAUUUACAUUUUUGGAAGUUCAUGAAUUUUUAAAAGAAUCUUCAUAUUAGAAUUAUUAAGUUUCUAAACAAUCAUCAGAAAUCUUAGAUUAAUUGGAGGAAAGUUUGAAAGAUAUUAAAAGUAUGGCAUUUUAGGCAGCGAUUUUUGCUGAGUUUAAAGAUGGAGGUUUAGAUGGAAGUUGUGUUUUAUGUUCAAAUUUUGAGAUUGAUUAAAACGGUGUUGAAUAAAUAUUAGAAUCAGAAGUUGAAAAGCUAGCGUCAAUUAAUAAGAAUGGAAAUUGUGUAGGUUACUUUUAGAUUGUUUACGGGAUGAAGCUAAGUGUCAAUUUAAAAUCAAAGUUCAAUGAUCAUUUAAAAGUAGUCAAAGAAGAAAUUCAUAAUUAAAACUAUAUAUGCUAUUUGUAAAUGUAAGAUUUUUCAGAUUUGCAGAAUUAUGAAAUGCAAUUCAAAGUUAAAUUGGAUUCUAAUAAUGAAAAAUUCUUUGUAACUGGAAAAUAAGAUCAAAUAAAUAAAUUUAAAGAAAACUUGCAAAAUAUCAUUACAUCUAAGAUUGACAUAAUUGAUUACUAUUAAUAUAAGAAUAAUUUUAAUAUUAGGGCAGCUAUGAUUGACUAUCAAGAAAGAUAUGAUUAAAUCAUAGCCUAAAAUUAAUGUGAAGUUGAGGCAAAUUUAUUAAAUACAAGAAUAAAAUUAUCUGGCAAGCAAAUGAAUGUCGCCUAACUAAAAUAAGAUUUACAAUAAUUAGAAUAAGAUAUCCAAUCAAAUAAGAUUUAAAAAUAAAUUUCAAUAGAUAUCCCAAAAGGAAUCAAUUUUUCGUACAGAUUUUUAAUGUAAUUACAAAAAUAUCCAUCAAUAGAUUUAGUCGCUGGAGCAUGCGAUGAAGUUAAUAUCGCCUAAAUUUAUUCUUUUCGCAGAAAAUAAACCAGAAUCAAAAUUUGCAAUGGAUCACCUAAAGGUUUAUUUGACAUAUAGGCUGAAUUAUUGAAAUUAGAUAAAGCAUUAUUUAUUAUCCCAAUAGAAAAAGUCCAUUUGGAACUCCAGAAACCCUCCUUGCUAUGGGAACAUGAGUUAAUUUAACAAAGAUAAAUUGAUACCAAACAAAUUAAAGAAACCAAAUUCUAUAAAUUGAAUACAUACUCUACAGAAAUCACUUAAACUAAUGCGAAUGUUAAUUCAAAAGACAAAAAAAAGAAACCAAAAACAGAAACUAUAGAUUUAUUACAAAAACUACCUAAAACCAGAAAACUUUAUACAUUAUUUUGA